CUGUAAUGACCAGCAUGAGAUAUCUGUAUCCAUUGGAGACAUUUCGGUAAUGAUUAACAUCUCGGAACUGGACAUCUGCUAUCUAUGGUUACGUCGGAAUCAGUCCCGGGCAGCAAACCACAUAACCUUCAUCGAAAAACGCGGGGUAAGCUUUACUAAUGCCUGUCUCCCCUGAUGAAGAUAGCGAAUACCACGCUAGCAAGCAUCGCCACCACGCACUUUUUUCCCCAAUGCAGCACGCUAGACCUCUAAUGCCUGCCGCGUCUGCCGUUACCCCAGACCGGGGGUUCCGAAGUAUGAUAACCGAAACGAAGAUAAAGUUCCGAGCACGCAUGGCUAUCUGCUCUUGUUAUUCUUCCUCUCACAGACAUCGAUACAAUAUUCAACAUGUCGCUCGAUAUGGCAUCUCCUGCAGUCGACAAUGAGAAGCAUCUUGGCUCUCAGAACCAAGAUGAACAGAACUUGGAACGCCAUGGCUAUGUUCAGCAGACGAAGCGCAACUUCUCUCUUACUGCCAUGGUUGCGACUUGUGUCAACCUGAUGGCAACAUGGGAGGCAUUAUCUAGUACACUCGCUGCUGGACUCGUAAGCGGCGGACCAGUAUCCCUUGUUUACGGCGUCAUCGUGGCCUUUAUCGGAUCACUCUGCUCUGCCAGUUCUUUGGCCGAACUCGCAUCAAGUUAUCCUACUGCCGGCGGACAAUAUCACUUCGUCGCUAAGCUGAGUCCGAAAACGAGUCGACCCCUGACCAGCUGGUUUGCUGGAUAUAUCUCAACUCUGGGUUGGAUAGCCUCCGCUGGAAGUGCCCCCUUUCUCGCCGGAACACAGAUCCAAGGUCUUCUCGUCCUCAACUAUCCCGACUCCUACGUCUUCCAGAGAUGGCAUGGCACGCUGCUCUUCUGGGCCGUUCUUCUCGGAUCCGCCUGCAUUUGUAUCUUCUGCAGUAACAAACUCCCACUCAUCGAGAAGCUGACUCUCGUGCUACAUGUCACCUUCUUCAUCGCCAUCAUUGUCACCAUGGCCGUAACAUCACCAACCAAGCACUCGGCCGAAUGGGUCUUUUCGCACUUCGAGAACAACUCCGGAUGGGGCAAUGACGCGGUGGCUUGGAGUAUAGGACUUCUCAGUUCUUGCUAUGUCCUCAUCGGCUAUGAUGGUGCUACUCAUCUUAGUGAGGAGAUGAACAAUGCUGAGAUGGGUGUACCCAGGGCUAUGGUAGGUUGCCUCUUGGUUAACGGUCCUUUGGGAUUUGCCUUCCUCCUUAUAAUUCUCUUCUUCAUGGGAGAUAUUUCGGCGGCUUUGGCUACACCUACCGGGUUCCCUAUCAUUGAGAUUUUUCUUCAUAUGACCGGCAGCGUUGCGGCUGCUACUACCAUGACUGCUAUGAUUACUGUUAUGGCAUGCUUGGCGACAGUUCCUCUCCUUACAGCGGCGGCUCGAAUCAUGUGGGCGUUUGCUAGAGAUGGAGGUCUUCCCUUUUCUGAGCGCAUUGCCAGUGUUGACAAACGUCGACAAAUCCCAACUGUAUCCAUCAUCGUUGUCAGUUUUCUGCUUAUGCUGCUAAGUCUCAUCAACAUUGGUUCGACAACGGCCUUCAAUGCGAUUCUAUCCCUCGCCGUUGUCAGCUUACAGGCCUCAUAUCUCCUUCCAGUCUUACUGCUGAUCUGGCGUCGCCUAUUCCGACCCGACACCUUGCUCUGGGGUCCUUGGCGGCUCGGCAAAGCAGGUCUACCUAUCAACAUUGUUGCGGUCAUCUAUCUCAUAUAUACUUGCAUCUUCCUUCUUUUCCCUCCCUUUCAGCCAAUCACUGCAGUUAACAUGAACUAUGCACCUGUUGUAUUGGGCGGCGCUCUCGUAUUUGGUUGUAUUUAUUGGCCAUUGAGAGUCAGCAAGCGGUAUGUCGGCCCACUGACUGACGCCGAAGUUCUGGAGGGGACAUUACGUUAGUAUGCCUUGGUGGGUGCGACAUCGGUUCUUCGAUGCAUGCACAUACUGUAAUAAUAUAUGAAGAUUACGAUCUCGUGAUAAACUCAGUCACUUGGAUAUGCUAUGAAUGCCUCAAUGGUACUACUGUUCCCUGUUUGGCAUUGGCUGUAACGUGCCUCCAUCUAUGCAGGUAGGUAGCACGAGAUAAUUUUGC